UUUGAACCAUUGGAUCCGUGCGCAGAUUUCAAAUGUGGCGUUGAAAUCUGUUUUGUAUCUUUGGUUUUAUAGUUCUCUUGAUUAUGAGUAAUUUCGCUUCCUCUGCAUUUUCUUGUGCUUUUAAAAGCUGGAAGACACAUGGACGUGGAUUGUUAAGUAUGUUUUACUGCUUUAUAGAGUGAUUAGUUGUUGCCCGCUAUGGAAAUAAUGCGUGGAAUACGUACGAAAAUCUAACACUCUCACGGGUUUCAGACGUUGAUGUUCACGAAGAUUGCAACAUUUCGGGGCAUUGCAAAACGGCCGAAUGCCGCAAAAGUAGUAAAAGUCAAAACCCAGGGGGACCUUCAGAAGGUAGUGGUUCCCUCAACUCCGCCAAUGUGAACCAUCAUAGUAUCGGUUCUAAGGAACGUCUUGGUGGUGCUGGAGGAGGAGGCUCUGGAAAUGGCACUGGCUCUUUCAUAAGAUGUAACAAAUGUGGUGGUCCUUUAAAAUCUCUUGAUCCAAAAGCAUCAUAUAUAUCACGUUUCAUGGAGUGUGAAGCAUGUGAACAACUCUACGAAUUAACAGAUAAGAGUGAUCUCUCAUCAUUUAGUAAUGUAGACGAAAGCCGACAUCUUUCGCUCGUUAGUCCUAAGGAGAUACAUCAAUACUUAGAUCGUUAUGUGGUAGGUCAAGAUAAAGCCAAAAAAAUUCUUGCCGUCCAAGUAUAUGCUCAUUACAAUCGUAUACAGUAUAAUCGGUCACUGGCUACCUCGGAAAAUAAUGGAUUUAAUUCAAAUAAUUUAAACUCAGGGACAAAUGAAGCCAAACCUACUGUAAAUAAUCAUUAUUCCCCAAAUGAAUUUUCGGGUACACGUUCUUGUACACCUGUAAAUUAUCAGAGCAGUUUAAGUCAACCCUCUGUAUCUGAAUUAUUUAAUUUGUCACGCAAUGGUUCACUAAGUUCAUCGAAAAAUCCAUUUACACAUGGAGGUAGUCCAACAAGUUCAUUUCCAUUUCCAAUUACUUUAGAAAAUUUAUCUGAUAUGAAGGAUGAUCGAGAAAAACAUCGUGCCUCACGGAUUUUUAAAGAUGAUGUUGAUCGUCCAUUAAAAUUGGAAAAAAGCAACAUUAUAUUGUUAGGCUCAACAGGUUCAGGCAAAACACUGUUGGCCCAAACUUUGGCUAAUUAUUUAAAUGUACCUUUCGCUCUUUAUGAUUGUACAAGUAUAACCCAAGCUGGUUAUGUUGGUGAAGAUGUCGAAUCAACCAUUGGUAGAUUAUUACAAAAUGCAAAUUUCAAUGUGGAACUUGCUCAACAAGGUAUAGUGGUUCUAGAUGAAAUAGACAAAAUAAGCUCUAAAACUGGGCAUCAUCAUGCUGCACGAGAUGUCAGUGGUGAAGGUGUUCAACAGGCUAUGUUAAAACUGUUAGAAGGUUCACUUGUUAACGUACCUGAUGUCAAAAGUCCGCGUAAAUUACGUGGUGAAACUUUCUUAGUGGAUACAACCAACAUACUUUUUAUAGCCUGUGGUGCAUUUAAUGGACUUGACAAGAUAAUUAGUCGACGAAAACAUAAAAAGACUAUUGGAUUUGAUAUGUUGACAUCUUUGAAUGAAUCGACUACACAAGAUAAUUACACUUCAUCAGUCAAUCCACAUACGACAGAUUUUGUAAAUUUAUUUCAAAGUUUUGAAAGUUCAGCUCAUGAAGAAAAUGCUGAACGUGAUAAAUUGUUACAAGAAGUUGAAGCUAAUGAUCUUAUUACUUAUGGGAUGAUACCGGAAUUCGUUGGUCGUUUCCCUAUAAUUACUGCUCUACAUUCAUUAAAUGAAGAAAUGCUUGUCCGUGUUCUUACAGAACCACGUAAUGCACUGAUAAAACAAUAUCAAUUACUUUUUAAUAUUGAUGGUUGUGAACUGAGAGUCACUCCUGAUGCUCUAAAAGCUAUUGCUCGACUGGCAUUAAGUCAACAUACAGGAGCUCGAGGUCUUCGUUCAGUCUUGGAAAAUCUACUCUUGCAGCCACGUUACGAUGUUCCAGGAUCAGAUAUAUCAACUGUAGUUCUUACUGAGGGUGCUGUACUUGGUCAUUCCCCACCAGAAUAUCAUAGAGUUGUAUCUCCUGUUUCGUCGGUCGUUUCAUGAUUUGUUUCGCCAUCCCACUCUUAUAAUAAUAAUAGCUAUUGUUUAUGGAUGUGUAUUCCAAAGCACAUAUACCACAGACACAAAUAUCUAUUCUUUUAUUCAGAUUUUGUUAUGAGUAAAAUACCGUUAUUAUUAUUAUCUCCUGUCUAAACAGUCAGUGAUUGACGAUCGUAAUGAUGAUCAGCUUGGAUUAUAGGAGAAUGAUUUGUAUGAUUGACAGAAGAUAAUUCAGUUCAGUUAUGUUUACUUUCAUUUAUCGUGCUCAGAUUUAUUUUUUAUCCUUCUUGGUGUUUUUUUUUGUCUAUGCUGGCUAAUUUCUCACGUGAACACAUUUCAAUAAAUACAUUAGUAUAUUCUAUAUUCUCAAUUUAUUUAUUUCACUCUAGUUAAAUUAAUUCUGUACAUUUCAAGAAGUUUGUGUCGGCAACCAUUACUUAUUAAUAGUGUUCAGUUUUUUUUUGCAUUCUAAUGUAUACAUAUGUUUGGAUUUGUGCCUACUAUUCAAAGCAAUAUUAGUUUUUGUUGGUCUAUUUCAAAUCAUUUCUAAUACGAUGUCAGUUUGUGAUGUUACUGUCUUUUUCUACGAUAGUUAUUGAUCUAUUUCAUGAUGAAGGCUAAUACAAUACAAUCCAUUGGAAUAAGGAGGAUGUAAAAAAAAUUGUAUGAAUUCAGUACUUAAUAGACAAAUUGUUUGUUCCAAUUUAUUGUUAUCAUUAUUAUUUCAAUUUGAUCCCAUUUAUCUUGUUAUCCCAUGAAAAAUUAUUUAUAUCUAGUAAAAUACAUUUGUUAGAUGGU